AUGGAAGCCCACACACAAGCCCCAAAACGAAAACGAGCACGCCUGGCUUGCAAGCCCUGCCGGGAACGCAAGAGGAAGUGCGAUGGUGGUGACCCAUGUACGACGUGCACCGAAUGGGGUUACCAGUGCUACUAUGAGGCUCGGCGGAGGAAGUCUCACAAUGUCCACCAUCUAUCACCCGAUGCUUCUGCAUCUCCACCAAUGCACAAUGACCCGGGAACUAUUACCGCUGAACCGGAUCCCAGUGGAAUGGUCCGCCGCUUGGAGGCUAACUCUGGCGCCGCCUUUGUCCGAAAACUGGGGCUGAAGAUCGACUCGGCCAAAGCCCCGAAGCUCAACCUAUUCGGGUGGAAUAUUGGAGCAAGGCAGCUGUCAGCUCAGCCCCUUGCAUCUUCGGUAUUUCCGGUCGUGGAGAUUACAUCGCUGGACCACAUACAAGCGCUAGCCCAAAGAUAUUUCCAGAAGAUUGAUCCGUGCUAUGGGUUUCUUGACCAGCAACUCUUCUUCGAGCGACUGAACCAAAGAUGGCAAUCGCCCCUUCUACCAGAUAUAUUCGACAGCGUCAUAGCUGGUGUGGGUGCGCUUGGCUGUCUGUUCUCGCAGCGCAAUGCCACCAUCACUGAAAUUCACCUAGUUCGCACAGCACGAUCCACAUUAGACAUGCACCACCUAUCGGGGCCUCCCUCAAUCGAUCUUUUGAAUGGAUGGGCACUCCGAUCUAUUUAUCUUCGGAUGACAGACUCGCCACACUCUACUUGGAUGGCGAGCUCGACACUAAUGCACCUCUUGGAAGCUUCAGGUCUCCACCCUGAGUCACAUUCAGUUCUUCCACCCAGCAUUAAUAUUGAUCCAGAUCUUCAAAGACGCCUCGUUGGCGUUGCACACCAUUUGAAUGUUUGGACGUCCUUCGACCUCGGCCUUUCACGGGUUUCAUUCCAGAAAGAUGAUCUUCCUCUGCCACCUUCGCCUAAAGCUGGUGAUUAUACUGCAGAGGUUUUGGGUCUGCUCCCCGUAUCUCUCAGCCUCGACCCGGGAAGAGCCAAGGAUGAGGCAGAUCUUGCGACAACGCUGGGCAAACUACUAGGACGGAACUCACACCCAGCCCCCGUCUGUCAUGGCGCAAUGUAA